AAGAAUUCCUACACUGUCCACUAGAAAGACUUGGGGAAAGGGGCAGGUGAAAGGAAACAGAAUUUGGGGACAGGAGCCCAAAAAAAGGGAAUCUACUGGAGAGGCAGGAGUAGCGUGUUACAGGCAACCAAAUGUCUUGAACCUGGCUAAGGCGUGAAUCGCAGAAACAAGAGAUUAGAUACCAUUUGUCUUCAGUAAAGCAACAGGGGGCGCUGUCCGUCCAGGAGAAGGUACAGUGCCUGAGAGAUUGUCCCCCCACUGGACAGCCCCCAGAGGGAUUUGAGCACUAAGCCAUAAGCGCUAGCCCAGCCCUAGAGCCCUCUGAGGUCAGAAGUGUCAACUCAAUGUUUAGGAACACCAGUAUAUCCAGAAUGGACUAAUUAUAUUUUUACUCUAUUUUUUCACAAAUUAUACAUUGUGGAAUUCUGGAAGAUGCUUUGCCACUUGAACAUAAAUUUAUAAAGAUAGUGCAUUAGGAUUACACAAUACUGGUUGUUUACCAACAAGGAUAAGAAGAUAAAGUUACAUAAUCUCUCUGCCUGUGGACUUCUCCAGCCCUGAAAACUUGAACUUUUAGGGGCAAAGGCCAUAGAGGAGUGUUUGCAGUGAGGGUUGAGCCAGCCUUGGGCACUUCUCCAUACCCACUCAUGCUGUCCAAGGCCGCCGGGGCCGUGGAUGGGGAGGGCGCGCCGCCCGGCGGUCCCCACGCACAAGCAGCCACGAUGAGGGUCAACGAGAAGUACUCGACGCUCCCGGCCGAGGACCGCAGCGUUCACAUCGUCAACAUCUGCGCCAUCGAGGACAUAGGCUACCUGCCGUCCGAGGGCACGCUGCUGACCUCCCUGUCCGUGGACCCAGAUGCCGAAUGCAAGUAUGGGCUGUACUUCAGGGAUGGCAAGCGCAAGGUAGACUACAUCCUGGUAUACCAUCACAAGAGGGCCUCGGGCAGCAAGACGCUAGCCAGGAGGGUCCAGCACAAUGACGCUGGCCUGGGGACACGUGGCGCUAAGCAGGACCAGCCCCUGCCUGGAAAAGCAGGCCCGUUGGAAGCAGGCCCGCCUGAACCCCCAGUGGACUACCACGAAGAUGACAAGCAGUUUCGCAGGGACGAGUAUGAAGGCAAUCUCCUGGAGGCCGGCCUGGAGCUGGAGCGGGACGAGGACACGAAAAUCCAUGGACUUGGGUUUGUGAAGAUCCAUGCCCCUUGGAACGUGCUGUGCAGAGAGGCUGAGUUUCUGAAGCUGAAGAUGCCAACAAAGAAGAUGUAUCACAUUAAUGAAACCCAUGGCAUCCUGAAAAAAAUCAACUCUGUGCUCCAGAAAAUCACAGACCCCAUCCAGCCCAAAGUGGCUGAGCACAGACCCCAGACCAUGAAGAGACUCUUCUACCCUUUCUCCCGGGAGAAACAGCAUCUAUUUGACCUGUCUGAUAAGGAUUCCUUUUUCGACAGCAAAACCCGGAGCACAAUCGUCUAUGAAAUUCUGAAAAGAACGACAUGUACCAAAGCCAAGUACAGCAUGGGGCAAGGCGAGGGAAGGAAGAAGGACUCCGCCCUUCUAAGUAAAAGGCGGAAGUGUGGGCAGUACGGCAUCACGAGCCUGCUGGCCAAUGGUGUGUACUCUGCUGCUUACCCGCUGCACGAUGGAGACUAUGAAGGUGAAAACGUUGAGUUCAAUGACAGAAAACUCCUGUACGAAGAAUGGGCAAGGUACGGCGUCUUCUAUAAGUACCAGCCCAUCGACCUGAUCAGGAAAUACUUUGGGGAGAAGAUUGGCCUGUACUUCGCCUGGCUGGGUGUGUACACCCAAAUGCUCAUCCCAGCCUCUGUCGUGGGAAUCAUAGUUUUCCUUUACGGAUGUGCCACCGUCGAUGAGAACAUCCCCAGCAUGGAGAUGUGCGACCAGAGACGUAACAUCACCAUGUGCCCGCUCUGCGACAAGACCUGCAGCUACUGGAAGAUGAGCUCAGCCUGCGCCACAGCCCGCGCCAGCCACCUCUUCGACAACCCAGCCACUGUCUUCUUCUCCGUCUUCAUGGCCCUCUGGGCUGCCACCUUCAUGGAGCACUGGAAGCGGAAACAGAUGCGGCUCAAUUACCUCUGGGACCUCACAGGCUUCGAGGAGGAGGAGGAGGCCGUCAAGGAUCACCCCCGUGCUGAGUACGAAGCCAGAGUCUUGGAGAAGUCUUUGAGGAAAGAGUCCAAAAACAAAGAGACGGACAAAGUAAAGCUGACCUGGAGAGACCGGUUCCCAGCCUACUUCACCAACUUGGUGUCCAUUAUCUUCAUGAUCGCAGUGACUUUUGCCAUCGUCCUUGGCGUCAUCAUAUACAGAAUCUCCACAGCUGCUGCCUUAGCCAUGAACUCCUCCCCCUCCAUACGCUCCAACAUCCGGGUCACGGUCACAGCCACCGCAGUUGUCAUCAACCUGGUGGUGAUCAUCCUCUUGGAUGAGGUCUACGGCUGCAUAGCCAGGUGGCUCACCAAGAUCGAGGUCCCAAAGACGGAGAAGAGCUUCGAGGAGAGGCUGAUCUUCAAGGCUUUCCUGCUGAAGUUUGUGAAUUCCUACACCCCCAUCUUUUACGUGGCUUUCUUCAAAGGCCGGUUUGUGGGACGCCCAGGCGACUAUGUGUACAUUUUCCGUUCUUUCCGGAUGGAGGAGUGUGCCCCGGGGGGCUGCCUGAUGGAGCUCUGCAUCCAGCUCAGCAUCAUCAUGCUGGGGAAGCAGCUGAUCCAGAACAACCUAUUUGAGAUUGGCAUCCCGAAAAUGAAGAAGUUCAUCCGUCACAUGAAGCUGAAGCGGCAGAGUCCCCCCGAGCAUGAGGAGCACGUGAAGAGGCGGCAGCGGCACGAGGUGGACUACAACCUGGAGCCCUUCGCCGGCCUCACGCCCGAGUACAUGGAGAUGAUCAUCCAGUUUGGCUUUGUCACCCUGUUUGUCGCAUCCUUCCCCCUGGCCCCACUGUUUGCACUGCUGAACAACAUCAUUGAGAUCCGCCUGGAUGCCAAAAAGUUCGUCACUGAGCUCCGGAGGCCAGUGGCUGUCAGAGCCAAAGACAUCGGAAUCUGGUACAAUAUUCUCAGAGGCGUUGGGAAGCUUGCUGUCAUCAUCAACGCCUUUGUGAUCUCCUUCACAUCCGACUUCAUCCCGCGUCUGGUGUACCUGUACAUGUACAGCCAGGACGGGACCAUGCACGGCUUCGUCAACCACACCCUGUCCUCCUUCAACGUCAGUGACUUCCAGAACGGUACAGCCCCCAACGACCCCCUGGACCUGGGCUACGAGGUGCAGAUCUGCAGGUACAAAGAUUACCGAGAACCCCCGUGGUCCGAACACAAGUACGACAUCUCCAAGGACUUCUGGGCCGUCCUGGCAGCCCGGCUGGCGUUUGUCAUCGUCUUCCAGAACCUGGUCAUGUUCAUGAGUGACUUUGUGGACUGGGUCAUCCCUGACAUCCCCAAGGACAUCAGCCAGCAGAUCCACAAGGAGAAGGUGCUCAUGGUGGAGCUGUUUAUGCGGGAAGAGCAGGGCAAGCUCCAGCUGCUGGACACCUGGAUGGACAAGGAGCACAAAAAGGAUGAGCCGUGCAACAACCACAGCCCCAGAGCCGGCCCUGACAGCCUCGGCGGCACCCCGGCCCCCAGCCACGCACACCACGGCAGCGUCCUGUAGCUGCCACUGGUGGGGCUGUGCAGACCAGCGGGCAUCCGACCAACGGGCACCCUCUCCCCGGGCCGGCGGCUUCUUGACCCCACCAGAGCCCGGUGGCGCCUAUGUUUUCUGCAAACAUGGAGGACCACUUUCUGAUAGGACGAUACUUUUCUUCCUUCGUUCUCUUUUUUUUUUUUCCCUCUGUUUUUGCACAAAACCAUUAUGCAGGGAAUUUUUUUUUUAUCUUUAGUAUUCAAGGUGAAUCAAAAUUAUGGCUGGUGAUUGGGCAAUAAUUACAUAUAGUAAAGGCAGGUGCUUUGCAGAAACAGUUCUUGGACUUGAGUCUCCUUCGCAGUGGAAGGUGAACAGGGGCCCCUAGAAAUCUUCUUUCUUAGUCCUUCUGUUGCCUUAAGAUAAGUGCAAAAUGGUACGCCACGGCAUUGGGCAAAAGCUAGGGCGAUUUUUCAGGAAGAAUGGAGAAACUGAGAAGGAAUAACAGCAUUGACAUCGAUUCCCAAAGGGGUCAUCUGCCUCUAUGUCAGAAAAGCUGGAUGACUUUGAAUCAUCUUUUCCUUGGUAAUUUCAGAAGCUAAGACACCUUGGUCAAAGAAGUACCCCAUCACUGUCCCCAUGAGGUAUGUGGGGGUGUCCGAUUUAUUCUUGGAGUACUGGAUGGGUGCAGAUGUCCCUGAUCCCAUAUGUAACAGCACCCUUGGCAUAUGUCCCUUGCAGGCCCUACUGUCAGCCACACACCUGCCCCUGUCACACCGAGCUGACCUCAGAGGUGUUCAUCUUUGAUGUGUGAUAAAAGCAGAUUGACGGGGAAAAUGGGCAGGGAGAGAUUACCUCGGAAACAUCUCUAAAGAUGGCUUAAGGGUUUUAAGAUGUCUUAAGGCUGGGGGGGGGUGUCAUUCAAAGCUUUAGAAUAUUUAUUGGGGUUUUGUUUAAUCAAGUAUUUGGUAGAUUUGAGGACUAUUUUUUCUGUAGCUCAAAGGUGGAAGGAGUUAUUAGUUAACCAAAUAUUAUUGAGAGGAAUUUAAAAUACUGUUACUACCAAAGAUUUUUAUGAAUAAAGGCUUCUAUUUUGAUAAUAUUUCUCUAUAUUUUUACUCACAGGAAUGUCACUGUUGGAAAGUUAUCAUUCCAAAAGCUUGUAAAAACAAGUCUCAUAACUAAUAUGAGCAACCUAAAUUUGCAGCAAUUAUACUAACCAAUUAUCUGAAAUUUCUCAAGCACCAAGAGAAACAUAAAGAGAAAUGUUUCAUCAAAGGUGGGAAGAAAAAAAAAACAAAUAUAUUUGUCUUGAACAUAUCCUCGGUGUGAUGUUGACAUUCCCGUCAUCGGUUGUGAUCCGAGUCCAUAAGAGUCAUAGGUUUUCAUUAUUUGCUAAAAUCGUACAAUCUGAUGCUUCUAUUUUCUCUUGUACAGGAAGUAGUUUUGUAUAUAAAUAUUGUAUUAAAAUUAGGUGAUUACCAAAAACUCUUUUAUGGAAACAUUUUUUAAAAAGUGAAUGUGCACAAACCCACAGGGGACUGUGGCUGAACAUUCAUCUAAAUAAAUUUGAAUACAUGA